AUGAAAUAUCUGUUAAAGAAAAGAUUAUGGUUUCUAGUACUCAUUUCAUCGACGUUAUUAUUCUCAUUGGUAACUUUAUAUCCAACUUGGCUGACUCACGUACCUCCACAAGUUUAUGGUAAGAAAAAAUUUGGUUGGCUACAACCAAAUGUUUAUAAAGUUGGUGACAAUGUAGAUUUGUUAGUCAAUAAAGCUAUCUCAACUUUGAAUGCCGACUUGAAACCGUAUAUCUACCAUGAUCUACCUUUUGUAUGUCCUCCUACUAGCGUAAGAAAACCUGUUCAUUUGGAAUUCGACAGUCUGUUUCGUGGUGAUACCCUUAGUGAAAGUGAUUAUAAGUUGAAAUUUGGUGAUGAUUACGAAUGUGAAAUACUUUGUGCAAGGAAAACUAACAAAAAUGGUGUCUCAAAGGCAAUUGACAUGAUCAAACAAGAUUACCAAAUCCUUUGGUCAAUCGAUGACGAAUUACCAAUUUCAAUGCCUUAUAUAUCAACAAUUACUCAAAGAAAAAAAUAUAUUCCAGGUUUCCCUCUAGGUAGGUUCGAUAAAGAUAAAAAUAAAGUUUAUCUAUAUAAUCAUUCGAUGCUAGUCAUUAGAUAUAAUGCAAUUGAUGACGAUAAAUUCACAAUUGUAGGAUUCGAAGUUUACCUAAGGUCUGUUUCAGAUUACCAUUGCCCAGGUGCUUCAAAAAAUUACGAAGAAUAUGAAUUGGUAAUACCAGAAAAUGAUGAUGAUUUGACGUUUAUACCUUUCACUUAUUCGGUUUAUUGGAGGGAAGAAUUCGAUAUUGAUUGGACCUCAAGAUGGAAUCUUUUCGACAACGAUAUCGAAGAAGAAGACCCAAAAUUAAUUAAUAAAUCGAUGCUCUCGAAUAUUAUGCAACCAACUAGAACUGGUUUAUUCUUAUUACCUUUAAUAAUUUUUUCAAUUAUCAUUGUUAAGGUUGUAGAAAAUGGUGAAAAAAAUAAAUUCACCACUGAAGCUCAAUUAGCAUCAAAAUGUUGGAUCGAAUCAAAUAAUAUUAAUUUAAAAUCUUCAUUCUCGGCUAGUAUAUUAACUCUGGUCAUUUCAAUGGGUGUUCAAAGUAUCUUCUCGUUAAUUGGUAUUAUCAUUUUAAAAUUAUCCAUCUAUAAAUUGCAUGAUAUAAGUAAUAUUGUUUUACUCAAUAUCUUCAUUUGGUUCAUAGAAGGUAUCUUGGCCUCUUCUUUCUUAGGUACAUGGCUAAGGAUGAAUAUAUUGAACAAGAAAAGUAUUAAUUACAAUCCAAAGUUUUCAAUUUUAUGUGGUUCAUUAUUACCUUUCUUACUUAUGAUAUUCGUAUACCCUAUACACAGUAUCGUUUGGUUAAUCGAAUCAAGUAGUAGAUACCCUUUCAAAACUUUGACUAUGAUGAUUUCUUUCUUCUACAUCAUUUGUGUUCCAUUUAGCAUCAUUGGCGGAGGUUUGGCUAAGAAAUAUAGAAAGCAUUAUAAAGAAAUGUUUGGUAAUAUUACUCUUGACAAUGAAAAUAAUGACAACGAUGAGAAGAAAAGAUUCAAAGCCCAACAUAGACCGAGCAGCAUCAAUAAAAAUAAAUUAGGGACAUUGGUCUAUUCAUUAAUUACUGCAAUUGUCCCAUUUUUCAUCAUAAAAUCAGAAUUAUAUUGGAUAUUCACAAAUAAAUGGCUAAAUUAUACCACUUUUAUUAAAUCAUUUAUUUUCCUAAUAAUAAAACUAUUCAUUAUAAUCAUAACAGUUAGUAGUACUUCAUUGGUUGGUCUGUUUGUAAAUAUUAUGAUGACUAAAAAAGGUAUUUCGCAAUGGAGAGAUGAUCCUAUAUCUUUAAGAUGGAGUUGUUUCUUAAACAGUUUUAAUAUCUGCUAUUUGACAGGAUUAUACUCACUGUAUUAUAUUAUUGAAGUAAUACGGAUUCAUGGAUUUUCAAUGACUGUAUUAACAAUCUUUUAUACUAUUGCAUUAAAUGUAAUACUAGGCAUUUCAUGUGGAGCUAUUGCUUAUAUGACAUGCUAUUGGUUGAUCAUUAAACUUUAUAAAAACACAAAUUAG